AUGUCUCGAUCAACGGAUCCAGGCCACUUUUUCCAGACUGACGCAUCUGAAUCUACACGAGCACGUAGAGCUGCAAAGUCGGGCAACAAGAAUGGAAACCCUAUUGUUUUACAAUCAAAGAUUCUGAGCUUGAUUCCAGACCCAUUUUCCUCCCAAUGCAUUUAUAUCGCAGAAAGUGCUGGUUGCGUACGGAAGGUCAAUACUGAAACUAGAGAUACAAAAACAGUUUAUCGAGGGCCAACUGCGCCAGUCACUUCAGUAGCCAUCGGAGGCCAUGGUGGUAAUACAGUUUUCGCGGGAUGUUGGGACAAACAAAUUUGGAGUUGGAAUAGGGAAAGCAAAGAGCUGGGCAAGAAAUUCAAGGGCCAUUCAGACUUUGUCAAAGCAAUUAUCUGCGUGAAUAUCGAGGGAACGGAUUGUUUAAUAUCUGGUGGUGCUGAUGCCAAAAUCAUGGUAUGGAACACCGCCACUGGUGAACGAUUGCAUACCUUGCGAGAUAAGAGUGAAUCCAUGAUGGCAGUACAAGACCUCGUUCUGGACCCCGAAGACUCUACAAACACCGCCAUUGUUCUCGUUUCUUCAAGUAGUGAUCCCCAUAUUCGAAGAUGGCGCAUUAGUCUAUCAUCUGCAUCUCAAAUACUUGACACUACCGAAGACGUUCCGGCACAGAGCAAGCCUACUAGAGAUACGAUCCUUGAGCAUGAAACAAGCGUCUAUCAGGUCAUAUUUGCUGGCGAUGACGAGGAAAUGGAUUUGUGGACUGCAAGUGCCGAUGGUACAGCUAAAUGUUUAUCAAGAGCGAAGAAUUGGAGCACAGAAGAAACAUACGAGCAUGGAGACUAUGUUCGUGCUGUAGCUGUAACCGAUACAUGGGUUGUGACUGCAGGCAGAGACGAAGAUGUGAAAAUCUGGGACAAGGCAACCGGGAAAUUGUGGCAUAUUUAUGAUGGUCAUUAUGAGGAAGUUACGGGCCUGGCGGUUCUGAAGGGUGAAAAGCAAGCCAUUAGUACCAGUAUCGAUGGUACUGUAAGAAUUUGGGGACUCACCAAAGGGGAGCUCGAAAAGGCACGCCUCGAACGCGAAGAGAAUGCUAAAGGAGUAGUGAAGGAAGAGAAAGUCGAGCCUAAAAAAGGCCUAAUGACUGCAGAAGAAGAAGCAGAGUUAGCAGAGCUAUUAGACUCUGACGAGGACUAA